AUGAAAAAAGGCGCUCCAGUUAGAAGCUGCGUUGGAUUCAUUGAUGGUACAUUCAAUCGAAUUGCCAGACCAAGAGAGAACCAGGAGGUUGUUUACAACGGUCAUUACAGAGGCCACGGGCUGAAAUAUCAAGCCAUUGUAACUCCUGAUGGAAUUACAUCUUCCAUCAUUGGCCCCGAGACUGGAAAUCACCACGACAUGCAUAUGUACAGACUGGCAGACACGGAGAGACGCCUGUUUGAUGCAUUUGAUUUCACUUCUGUUGGUAGGCCUUGCUAUCACUUGUAUGGCGAUUCAGCUUAUGCUAAUUCAGCAGUGAUGGCAAGGCCAUUUAGAAUAACAAAUGCAUCCGAAGACGACACCGUGUUCAACACCGAGAUGUCUAGAGUGAGGAUCUCUGUGGAGCAGGAGUUUGCUCACGUCGGGAGCUUCUUUGCAUUUCUGAAAUAUUCACAAACGCAGAGAAUUGACCAAUGCUCUGUAGGCCUCUAUUAUAUCAUUGGAACAUUCUUAAAAAAUGUUCAUAUAUGUUAUAAUGGGGGGAAUAAAACCAGUGCCAAGUUCGAUGUUAGUCCACCAACACCAGAACAAUACAUCGCAGGUCUUUUAAGACAAUAA